GCGACAGCUGUGAUUGGCUGGAAAUGCCUAAGGGAAUUGCCCCUCCAUAUUCACUAAUACAUAUCCACUAGGUUACAAGAACCCGUUAGACCUGCGUUGCCUCCCUUUGUUUCGACCAUUCAAAGUCUGACCAAUUAGAGCUCUUCCUUUUUGCAAUGUAUGAACAGGUACACAAUAAUUGUUUCCUAGGUAUACAAUGAUUGUGUACUGAACUAAUGAUUGUAAUAUAAGAUACCUAAUCAUUGUGAGACUUAACAAUCAUUGUUUAAACCCAUACACUCCUGCUGCGGUAAAGAGGAGAAAGCUUUUCUUUCUUUUUCUAUUGGAAAUCCUUAUUUAUAUGUGUAUGUGUAAGUCUACUUGUGGCUUUUGGCCAUUGUGAACCCGUAAACUACUCGAAUUACUCAUACUUAUACUUACCCCAAAUAAUCUUCCUAGUGAAGCGGUGGUAAGUUCGGAAAAAUGAUUUCUUUACCUACUUAUGGCGAGUUGCUUUCUGAAGCAAAAAAGGAUAUGAACCUGUUUCUGAAACAUUAUAUUAACAUAACGCAGGCGCGUAGAUGGGCCGAUACAGGGGAAAGUGACGACGAUGAUAAUGACGAUGACGAUAUGACCUAUCUCGAGCAACGAUCUCUCGAGGGUGAUCCACCAACGGUUGAACAGCUAGGUCAAUCGCUAUAUUUCUUCCAACCCGAAGCGGCAUUGCGAUUUCUAAAUCGUAGCGAGAUACAGUCGGCCUUCCAAAGGACUUAUCUGGAACCGGUACUGCUAAAGGGCGACUUUGGCAGCCUACCGAUCGACAUGGUGCCGGUGCUCCUGGUGUUCGAUAGUAUGCAUGAGUCGUUGCGACCACAUGAAUACCUCCAGUCGGAGAUCGCGAUGGACCCAAAGGGAAGUGAUGCCCGCGUUGUAGAAUUCAUCAUCGAAGUUGUUCUCUUUAUUAUGAGCGACGAAUGCCAGGAGGAAUUUGGGUGGGAGAUAAUUGAUCCUCUGGUUCUUGCCACAAGGGACCUCGUUUACAUCGCUGCUAUGAUGAUAGAUUUGCUUGCUAGACAAGCUCUAGGAGUUGAUCUAGAUCUAGAACUGUACGACGGCGGCACCCGCGCUCCUGUUGGUACCCCUAUUCAUUUAUGGUAGACGUCGUGAGAAGCCUGUGAAAUUUAGAUAGUCGAAUUGAAGGAAUUUGUCAGUUUAGCUAAUACGUAAUAUUAUGAUAGCCCUAUCAUUGGUAUCGUUAGAACACAUCUGUUGUCUUGAACACUGGAAUAUAAUUUUUAUUUAAU